AUGAAGAUCCUCCGAGUUGUUCUUUUGGUGUCGCUUACCUUAGCAGUUUCCGUAGCAAAGUCGGACCAAGGGGAAAGUCUUCGUGGCAAGGUCGAUGAUGGCACUUCGGCUUUGAACGCUGAUGUUGUGGAUUUGCUGAACAGGAACCUCAAGAAGGAGGACGACGAUGGCAAAGAAACCGGAGGAGGCGGCGACAAGGGCCCCAAGAAGGACCAACAGAAAGUCAAGAUUUGUCAUGGCACUGCCAGCCCAACCAAUCCAUAUGUGAUCAUUGAGGUGGCUGAUGAUGCGGCGUCCGACAACCCUGGGUCUUUGGGUGGCCACAUCAACAACCCAAAGCAUAACGAUCCAUCCAAGAACAAGAAUUCGGAUGUCCUGAUGGGAGCUGAUACACCCGAUUUUCCAGGAUGCAAGACCAAUGACCGAUGCCAAGUGUGCUGUCCAGAUCAAAAGUGCUACGGUGAUGGGGACAAGCCGGAGCCGAAGCCCACGGAACCCCAGCCCACGGAGCCGGAGCCCACGGAGCCGGAGCCCACCGAACCCAAGCCCACGGAACCCGGGCCCACGAAGCCAAGUGACCCCUCGCCUACGAAGCCCUCGGUUUCGGGCGAUCCACAUUUUGCGAUGUUUGGAACUUCCCAUCGAAAGUAUGAUUUCCAUGGUGCCUGUGACCUUGUAUUCCUGGAUAACCCUGACUACAACAAUGGCCAAGGAAUGAAAAUUCACAUCCGCACAAAGAUUGUCAAGUGGUGGUCCUAUGUCGAACAGGUUGUUGUUCAGAUUGGCAAUGAUACCCUUGAAGUGAUGGGAGGUGUGGAACAGAAGAGUUCCAGUUCAAGAUUUUCCUUGAGAAUGGCCAGGAGAUUGUUUUGA